AUGGACGGAGGCCCCUCUACACUGAAAGGCAGUAAGGAGGAUGGAAAAGAAAAGCAGUGUGAAUAUUUAAAUUUUCCUCUUAUACAGAACACAGAGGAUAUGGCUGUGUCAGAAAAUGAAGAGAAGAAUCACAGAGAAGCCGAAAAUGUUCCCGAUUUGACAGAUUGGUGGUCAUUUCAUCACGCGUCUGAAGGAAUUGCUUCAUGGGGGUGA